ACCCGUUUCAACUCUGACAAUCCAUCAACGGUAACGGGGCCUGCAUGACUCUCUGCCAUACCUAGCUACCCAUAACGCUAUCCGUGCGUCCUGUCGUUUCUUGAAUAAUGCCCAACACGGGAAAGCCAAGCAAAGAUUGCCAUCUUUGUCGAUCACGACGUGUCAAGAGAGACGCUCGAGCAUAUCAACCCAUUACAUUCCAAUUGCUGACGACAUCAACAGUGUGAUCUUGGCAGACCAUCAUGUCAAAGAUGCAUCAAAUACGGGACUGAAUGUCCGGGAUAUCGGGAUGAACAGGAGCUUGUCUUUCGCAAUGCUAACCCGACCACCAUCAAGAAGAGGAAGAAGAGGACUCAGCAAAAUGCUCCGGCUCAGACUCGUGGGGAGUCUGUCAUGUCUUUUGGCUCAUCUUCCUCCUCCUCUUCGUCGAAUGGAGAUGCUGCCACGCCAUCAGUCACUGAAGAAGUUGAUCGUGAAUUCAGCCCUGUCUCACCCACAAUAGUCGACCUUGUCGAAUUCACCAGAACUGGAAGGGCGCUCAUCCUGCCCCAAUCCCUUAAUGAGCAUUGGACCGCCCAUUCCAUCCCGAUCCUUCUCAAUGUCUACUAUACUUUGGAUUUCCUCCAUGACACAUACAAAAAGAGCGGUCCUCAAGGGCCUCUUCUUUGGGCCACUCAUCUCUUUGCCCGUACAUACAUCACCAAUCUGCGAUAUCCCACCGCUAUCGACAAUGGAUCUGUCGAGCAGACCGACAAGGAACUUGGAACAUACCUUGGUAAAACCUUGAGCUCUGUGGGUGAAGCACUCAAAACACCAGAGGGCGCCAUGAGAGAUGAUGUUCUCGCGACAGUAUGGAUUCUAACGAACUAUGAACUUCUUAUGGGCUCCAUCAACCGCAUAUCGCCCCUGAACCCAUGGCAUCUCCAUACCAAUGGGCUAUACAGUAUUCUUCAGCAAAGGGGAACGGCUUCUUUGCGAAGGCCGGGAUCGAGAAUGGGUUUCUGGCCUGCCUACAACAUGGUGCAAGUACGGUGUCUCCUGACAAGCCUCGAGUGCCCUCCGGAAUCCCAGGAAUGGUUUGCCGCCAUCAGACAAACCCUUCAUCCAGGAGAAGGAUUGGCUGUUGAAGUCGGCGAUUAUAUCUGCAAGAUGGCACAUGUUCAAAAGCGUAUUCUCGAUAUCAUUCGAGCUCGAGACUUUGACACCGCUGCCCUGCAGUACUACGAUUUAGUUGGUAUCGUUUUCAAAGCCGAAGAUCAUUUCACGACUUUUGACGCAGGCUACCAUUACAUCGAUGAGGUUUUCAACCCCUAUCUACGAAACAUGCUCAACUCGGCGCGAGUAAAAGGCUACCAUGUCAUUUUGACCUUCGCAAACUUUUUAACUCAUCAUCCGACUGCUCCCAUUCCCCUGCAAGAGCUCAAGGUGCUGCGCUCGCAUUGCGUAUACCGGGUUCGAGACGGCGCAAAACUUGUCAUGGAGGCAGUGAAUCGGCAUCUCGACCCGGCAUCUUUCCGCAACAACCCAUCACCAAGGACAGUGUUUGACGCGUUGAAAUUGAUAUGGCCUCUGACGGCAGUCUACCUCGUACCGUCGACGCUAAACGAGCAGAGCGAAGCCGCAGGUGAAUCGUUACAGUUCAUCGGCCGCGAGCUUGGAGUGAGGCAGGGUCUCAAGGUUAACAAGGGAGAGUCUACGCUGCCGCCGGAAGCAGAGGCACCUUCACAGCUGGCUGAGGAUGUAGCCUUCGAUCCACUUCCAACUAGUCGAGGAUUAAUGUAGUGAACAGAACUGAUUUACCACGAACUGUCUUAACAGGUGAAUGUUGAUCGUGUUCUUGGGUGUUCUUUCAACAUGAGAAGAAUGUAUCUGUUGCGAGAUUUAUCUAUAGCCCCCUAUCAAAGCCUCACUUGAUCACCGAUUUCAGGGGCUCCUUGUCCGGAGCAACUCCGGUGUCCCACCACAAAAGCCCCACAAGAACACAGACGGCUUCAAAUCUCAGAUCCGCUCCGGGUCAGUGGGCCUGCUUAGAACUCCGAGACCCGCGCCGUGACACCCAAGAGUUCGGUGUGAGAUUCUGACCUUGCUGAGAUGCCUCGGUUGGAGACCGAACUUCUCAGGCGGCGGUACGAGAUGCGAUGGACAAUACUGUGGAAAGAGCGAGGCCUCGCUUGGCUUUCAGUACUGCAUGUCAGCGUGCAAAUUAAGCGACACUUCAUGAAUCUCAGUGACAUCCAAUACCAUCUUCACGAAUGCGAUCUACAGUCACAAUUGUGGCGUCGUCUGUGGCGGGAGCUGUUAAUCUCGGUUAAGCGAGGUGCGGCGGUGCUGUAUGCCACUGCAGCAGGACGAAGAGGAUUCUGGUUUGGAAGCGCAGGACCGAAAAGGAGGGACGGAAGUUUUCAAAAGGCCGUGCUCAGAAACAUGCGACUUGACCUGCUUGUUUUUUGGUCUAAAGAUAACGUUGUACGAGAAGAGAGCAUGAUCAGCGCGGACAGCACGAGUCCGGCGGGUGGCGGCAGUGGAUGGGUGAUCCAGUCGCAGCUGUUUUAUUUUGAUGCGGCUCGUGUUGAAGCAGCUAAUUCUCGAAAUGGAAAACCCGCAGAUUUUAAGUUGAUGCUUGGGGUUUAUGCUUUCCGAGGAAUGCUUCUGGGUGUCGGUACAGGCGUGACGUGCUAUAAUUAUAGUGAUAAACGUAUCUUGGUUUUGAGUC